UCACACUGCACCACACACGUGCAGCUGCAACAACUUGUUUUGGUUUUUAGUAAAGAAAUUUAAGAAAUAAACAGAUAAACUAUGAAGAUUCGCAAGAACCACAAAGGCAAGCACUAUCGCUACAGUGUGAACCGUAAAACUCUAAACAAAACACGCAGUUCUACUGGCAAAAUCAAGGAUCCCACUCUGAAGAAAAUGUGGGUGGAGGGCCAGCGUGUGGGCACCAACUUCAGCGAAAUGGGAUUGGCCAAGGAUCCCAACAAGGCAAUCGCGAUACCAAGCUACAGAAAGGAGCGACUUCAAGCGGCUAAAAUUGUGAAUGGUUUCGUGGAGGAGGAACUCGACGAAGAGGAGCGCCUGGUGCUGGGCAUAAAGAAAGCGCCUCUAGUCGAGGGGCCCAAACGUCUUCAUGUGGUAGAGGAACUGGAGCAAUUGGCUAGCGAGCGCGCAGACCCAGAAUUCAGACUACCCAAAGGUGUCAUCAAGGAGCUCUCCUAUUUCCUCAACAAAUACAAGUUCAACUACAAGGCCAUGGUCACGGAUCGGAAGAACUAUAACCAGCUGACAUGGAGGCAGUUUCGCUUGAAGCUUCGCAGAUUUAUGUCCAUUCCCGAGCAGUUCAAUGUUUAUUUGGAGCAGAAGAAGCUGCCGGCUGGCGUGAAGCCAGAUUGGCCAGAGUACGAGUCGGACAGUGAAUGGAAAUGAACAAU